UGUUUCUUGUUUUGUUGUGGUCCAUGUUGGGGUUCUCUCUUCCUCUUGGUUGCAUUCCUCAUCGUAACGUUUUUUCCAAUUGUAGAAGCAAUGCAAUUGAACUAAAGAUGAAUUGUAUUGACAGAUGAGAAGAAAUGAACGAAGGAAAAACGGUACAGAGAAUAUGCCCCCUAUUUGAGUUGGGUGCUCACUCCAAUUCACAAUCGAAUUCACUAAAUUCUCUACUGAACUUUCAAUAGGGACUAGGGAGUGAAGUAGUUGAGAGAUUGACAUCUUUGGUUUUGAAGAGGAAGAAUCCAACAUCUUUGAAAUCUCCGUCUCACUACAAUACCCCCAAGCAACAUUUUUUCUUAUUUCUGCAACCGAAUGCAAGCUUUGCUUCACCAUUUCCCUCUUAUCCGAACCUCACAUUCUUCCUUCUCAGCUAUGGCUUCUUCUUCUUCCCUCACUCUCCCUUCUCUCUCUCUCAACAACUUCCCUUCUUCCCCAUCAUAUGCACAUUCUAGAACCUUCAACCUUCCCCUCCUUCGAUCUAGGGUUUUCAUGAGCGUCGCUUCCGGAUCUCAGGUCUCCGUUCUCAACGAUGCUCCCUUCUCCGAUUACAAACCCUCCAACGCUUUUCUUUUCCCCGGUCAGGGUGCACAAGCCGUUGGAAUGGGAAAAGAAGCUCAGAAUGUGCCUGCUGCUGCUGUUCUGUAUAAGAAGGCAAAUGAGAUAUUGGGGUAUGAUCUUCUUGAUAUAUGCAUUAAUGGCCCAAAGGAUAAGUUAGAUUCAACUGUUCUUAGUCAGCCUGCUAUUUAUGUCACAAGUCUCGCUGCUGUGGAGCUACUUCGUGCACGAGAUGGAGGACAACAGAUUAUUGAUUCUGUUGAUGUUACCUGUGGUCUAAGUUUGGGAGAAUACACUGCUCUUGCUUUUGCUGGGGCUUUCAGCUUUGAAGAUGGACUUAAGUUGGUCAAAUUGAGGGGAGAAGCCAUGCAGGAUGCUGCUGAUGCUGCUAAAAGUGCCAUGGUUAGUGUCAUAGGACUGGACUCGGAGAAGGUCCAACAAUUGUGUGAUGCAGCGAAUCAGGAAGUACCCGAAGCUGAGAAGGUUCAAAUUGCCAAUUACCUUUGUCCUGGUAACUAUGCUGUCUCGGGGGGCUUAAAAGGAGUAGAAGUGCUGGAAUCUAAGGCGAAGUCUUUCAAGGCUCGAAUGACUGUUCGCUUAGCUGUUGCCGGUGCAUUCCACACUAGUUUUAUGGAACCAGCUGUGUCAAGGUUGGAAGCAGCAUUGGCAGCAACAGAAAUCAGAACACCAAGAAUACCAGUCAUCUCCAAUGUGGAUGCACAACCACAUGCAGAUCCUGACACUAUCAAGAAGAUAUUGGCACGUCAGGUUACUUCCCCUGUUCAAUGGGAAACAACAGUGAAGACUCUUCUAAACAAGGGGCUGAAGAAAAGUUAUGAACUAGGACCUGGAAAGGUAAUUGCUGGUAUUAUCAAGAGAGUGGACAAAGGUGCUGAUAUUGAGAAUAUAGGUGCCUGAGAAGUGAGAAGGCAGUGAAACCUUGCUCCUUCUGUGACUUCCAAAUUCCAAUCAACCCGAUAGUAAACCAACAUUUUGUCUCGUACAAUGUGGGAGAAAAGGUUGCAUCCCCAAAUCAAGAGAACAUGGAGCUUGGGAAUUUUGUAAACAUAGAUUAGGUACAGUUGGAUUUGAAUGCCAAUUUUAAAGUUCAGUUUUAGUUUUAACUUUUAAGAAUUGACACUAAGUUGGAUGCAUUUUAAUCUAAUGUUCAGGAAUCAUGAGGGCAUGCACAAGGAAAAGCAUUCAGCUUCUUUUUAUUUCUGCCUGGCUACUACCCAUUUUUAUCUGCUCAUUUUUAUCUGCACAAGGAAAAUCAUUCAAUAGAUAUACAUAAUUAAUAUCAUACAAUUUGUUAAGGCCUUCUCUACU